CAGGGGCAGACUGACCAUUUGGAAACUCGGGCAGUGCCCGAGGGCCUGGGGUCAGUAGGGGGCCCCAUGAGAUGCCCCUGGUACCUUUUUCAUAGGCUUUUUUGAGUUUGGGCAAUGACACAGGGGCCCCAUGAUCCCCUAUUGCCCGAGUGCCCCAUGAGUUGUCAGUCCGCCCCUGUUCACUGUGAAUCUGAGCAUCCCGAGCCCUAUUCUACUGAUCAUUAUUCCACCAGUCAUCAAAUCAAUAGUCAUCAGUGGAGCAGUGCAAAUUAAGCAAUAUACUU